AUGUGUCAUCAGAAUCCCUGCUGGACUGAAUCCUUGCCCAUUGUCCUUCUCGGCAUGCGGACAUCACUGAAGGAAAAUAUCGAAGCAUCGAGCGCUGAGCUUACUUAUGGCACAACUCUUCGUCUUCCAGGAGAAUUUUUCGCAUCAAGCUCAAGCAAGUCGCCUUCCGCCGAAUAUCUUGUUGACUUGAAAGCAGCUAUGGCAAAAUUGCGACCAACGCCAACAAGCAAUCAUUCGAAACAAGCGACCUUCAUUCAAAAGGAAUUGGCCACAUGUACCCACGUAUUUGUCCGAGUUGGAGCAAUCAAACCGCCACUAACACCGCCUUACGAUGGACCAUUCAAAGUGUUGCGCCGAAAGAAGAAAGUUUUCAUCGUGGACAUCAAUGGUCGAAAGCAGCCAAUUUCUAUCGACCGUUUAAAAGCUGCACACAUGCAAGCCAACGAACCAACAGUGAAACCACCCGAUCCCGGUGAAAGAUCAUCUGAUGCUAAGGACGAACAGGAACAACCCAAGUACCGAACCAGUCAGUCCAGUCGAGAACCUUCUCGAAACAAACACACGCAGGCAGCAAUAACAAUAACAACAGCCACGCAACUGACGCCAGCAGACAAUAGCCGGCAAACCAACAAUAGCAACAACAAACGAUAG